AUGUCAGGGAUGUACCUGGUGAAGAAAGGACGGGAGCACAGGAAACUGGACCUCCACAGGGACUUCACGGUGGCCUCACCUGCUGAAUUCGUGACUCGUUUUGGAGGAAACCGUGUGAUUGAAAAGGUCCUGAUUGCCAACAAUGGCAUUGCGGCCGUGAAGUGCAUGCGCUCCAUCCGCAGGUGGGCCUACGAGAUGUUCCGGAACGAGCGAGCCAUCCGUUUCGUGGUGAUGGUGACCCCUGAGGACCUUAAAGCCAACGCAGAGUACAUCAAAAUGGCGGACCACUACGUGCCUGUCUCCGGGGGAACCAAUAAUAACAACUACGCCAAUGUAGAACUGAUCGUGGACAUCUCAAAGAGAAUCCCAGUGCAGGCUGUCUGGGCUGGUUGGGGACAUGCCUCGGAGAAUCCCAAACUUCCAGAGCUGCUGCAGAAACACGGGAUUGCUUUCCUAGGCCCACCCCGUGAAGCCAUGUGGACCUUGGGGGACAAAGUGGCGUCCACCAUUGUGGCCCAGACCAUCCACAUUCCAACGUUGCCGUGGAGUGGCAGUGACUUAAUUGCUGAACGGACCCAAGAGGAGAAGCAGCAGGCGGAGACCCUCACGGUUCCCUUGGAAACCUAUCAGCGGGGCUGUGUGCGGGACGUGGAAGAAGGCCUAGAGGCGUCCAAAAGAAUCGGCUACCCGGUGAUGAUCAAGGCCUCCGAGGGGGGCGGCGGCAAAGGGAUUCGAAUUGUGGAAGGGGUGGAGGAGUUCCCUGCCCGCUUCAGACAGGUGCAGAGCGAGGUCCCCGGGUCCCCCAUCUUCGUGAUGAAGUUCUUGCAGCACGCCCGCCACCUUGAAGUCCAGGUCCUGGCUGACCAGUAUGGGAACGCCAUUUCCUUGUUCAGCCGGGACUGCUCCAUCCAGCGGAGGCACCAGAAGAUCAUCGAGGAAGCCCCGGCCACGGUGGCCCCUCCGGCCGUCUUUGAGCACAUGGAGAAGUGCGCUGUGCGCCUUGCCAAAAUGGUCGGCUAUGUCAGUGCCGGGACAGUUGAGUACCUCUAUAGCGAAGGAGGGCGCUUCCACUUCCUUGAGCUGAACCCUCGCCUGCAGGUGGAACACCCUUGCACGGAAAUGAUUGCUGACGUCAACUUACCGGCUGCUCAGCUCCAGAUUGCCAUGGGGGUCCCGUUGCACAGAAUAAAGGACAUCCGAGCGCUCUACGGAGGGUCCCCCUGGGGGGACAACCCCAUCGCUUUUGAGGGCCCCAAGAGUGCUCCUGUUCCCAGGGGCCACGUCAUAGCAGCACGAAUCACCAGUGAAAAUCCCGACGAAGGUUUCAAGCCCAGCUCUGGCACCGUGCAAGAACUGAAUUUCCGCAGCAGUAAGAACGUCUGGGGAUACUUCAGCGUGGCAGCCACCGGUGGCUUGCACGAAUUUGCCGAUUCCCAGUUUGGACACUGUUUCUCCUGGGGAGAGAACCGCGAGGAGGCCAUCUCAAAUUUGGUGGUGGCUUUAAAGGAGCUGUCCAUCCGUGGUGACUUCAGGACGACGGUUGAGUACCUGAUUAAGUUGUUGGAGACAGAGAGUUUCCAGACGAACGAGACCGACACCAGCUGGCUCGAUCAUCUGAUAGCUGAAAAAGUGCAGGCGGAGAAACCAGACAUGAUGUUGGCGGUGGUCUGUGGUGCCCUUAACGUGGCAGAUGCCUCCUUUAGGACCUGCAUGGAUGAUUUCCUGCAUUUGCUGGAGAGGGGCCAAGUUCUGCCAGCAGCCUCCCUCCUGAAUAUUGUCGACGUGGAACUUAUUUACGAAGACGCCAAAUAUGUGCUUAAGGUGGCCCGUCAGUCCCUGACGACCUACGUCAUCAUAAUGAACGGCACCCACAUUGAGAUCGACGUGCACCGGCUGAACGACGGGGGGCUCCUCCUGUCUUACAACGGCAACAGCUACACCACGUACAUGAAAGAAGAAACCGACCGAUACCGCAUCACAAUUGGCAACAAAAGCUGUGACUUUGAAAAAGAGACAGACCCAACCUUGCUCCGGGCACCCUCUGCAGGAAAACUGCUGCAGUAUAUGGUGGAGGACGGGGGCCACAUCUCUGUGGGUCACAGCUAUGCAGAAAUGGAGGUGAUGAAGAUGGUGGCCUCCUUGACAGUGGAAGAGUCGGGCAUCAUCCACUACGUGAAGCGGCCGGGCACGUUGCUAGAGGCCGGCUGUGUGGUAGCUCGGCUUCAACUGGAUGACCCCACUAAAGUUCACCUGGCCCAGUUGUACAUGGGGGGGCUCUCCCCUCAGCCGCCCCUGCCCAUCCUUGGCGAGAAGCUGCACCAGGUCUUCCACAACAUGCUGGAGAACCUGCAGAAUGUCAUGAACGGCUACUGCUUGCCAGAGCCUUAUUUCUCCGCCAAGAUCAAAGAGUGGGUGGGUAAACUGAUGAGGACCCUCCGGGAUCCCUCCCUUCCCCUGCUGGAGCUGCAGGAGAUCAUGACAAGCACGCUGGGCCGGAUUCCAGCUUCUGUGGAGAAGUCAAUCCGAAUAGUGAUGGCCCAGUACGCCAGCAACGUCACCUCGGUGCUCUGCCAGUUCCCCAGCCAGCAGAUUGCCAGUAUUUUGGACAGCCACGCAGCCACCCUGCAACGCAAAGCUGACCGGGAAGUCUUCUUCAUGAAUACCCAAAGUAUUGUGCAGUUGGUUCAGAGGUAUCGCAGUGGCAUCCGAGGCCACAUGAAGUCGGUGGUGCUGGACCUGCUGAGGCGAUACUUGCAGGUGGAGACCCAGUUCCAGCAAGCUCAUUACGACAAAUGUGUGAUCAUCCUGAGGGAGCAGCACAUGCCCGACAUGACCCCCGUGCUGGAGUGCAUUUUCUCCCACGCCCAGGUGGCCAAGAAGAACCUCCUGGUGACCAUGUUGAUUGAGCAGCUGUGUGGCCGAGACCCGACCUUGACCGAUGAGCUGAUGGCCAUCCUGAAUGAGCUCACCCAGCUCAGCAAAACGGAGCAUGCCAAAGUGGCCCUAAGGGCCCGGCAGGUGCUGAUCGCUUCCCACCUCCCGUCCCACGAACUGCGGCACAACCAGGUGGAGUCCAUCUUCCUCUCGGCCAUCGACAUGUAUGGGCACCAGUUCUGUCCUGAGAACCUAAAGAAACUCAUCCUUUCGGAAACCACCAUCUUUGACGUCUUGCCCACCUUCUUCUAUCACGCCAACCAGGUGGUGCGCAUGGCAGCCCUGGAGGUGUAUGUGAGGCGAGCCUACAUUGCCUACGAACUGAACAGCCUGCAGCACCGCCAGCUGCUGGACGGCACCUGCGUGGUUGAGUUCCAGUUCAUGCUGCCUUCCUCCCAUCCCAACAGAGGAAGCAGCCCCACUCUGAGCAGAAUGUCCGUGCCGGUCAGCAUCUCCAACCCAGACUUGGCCCGGCACAGCACGGAGCUCUUCAUGGACAGCGGUUUUUCCCCUCUCUGCCAGAGAAUGGGAGCCAUGGUGGCCUUCGACAGAUUUGAAGAUUUCACCCGGAAUUUUGAUGAAGUCAUUUCCUGCUUUGCUGAGCCCCCCGUGGAGAGCCCCCUCUUCAGCGAAGUGAGAUCCACCUUUUACGAUGAAGACGACAACAAAAACGUCCGGGAGGAACCCAUCCACAUCCUGAACGUGGCCGUACGGUGGGCAGAUCACCAGGAGGAUGAGGAGCUGGUGCCGAUCUUCAGGGCCUUCGCCCAGUCCAAGAAUAAUAUCCUUGUUGACUACGGGCUCCGAAGAAUCACAUUUUUGAUAACACAGCAGGUCAGUGAAAAUGAAUAUUUCUGUGUUCUGUUGCAGAGGGAGUUCCCAAAGUUCUUUACUUUCCGAGCACGGGAUGAGUUUGCUGAAGACCACAUCUAUCGCCACUUGGAACCAGCGCUGGCUUUCCAGCUGGAGCUGAAUCGGAUGCGCAACUUCGACCUGACCGCGGUGCCCUGUGCCAACCACAAGAUGCACCUUUACCUGGGUGCCGCCAAGGUGGAGGAAGGCACCGAGGUCACCGACUACCGGUUCUUCAUCCGCGCCAUUGUCAGGCACUCCGAUCUGAUCACCAAGGAAGCCUCUUUCGAGUACCUGCAGAACGAGGGCGAGCGGCUGCUCCUGGAAGCCAUGGAUGAGCUGGAGGUGGCCUCCAGCAACAUCAGCGUCCGCACCGACUGCAACCACAUUUUCCUCAACUUUGUCCCCACCGUUGUGAUGGACCCCUCCAAGAUCGAGGAGUCUGUGCGGUCCAUGGUGAUGCGGUACGGCAGCCGCCUCUGGAAGCUCCGGGUCCUUCAAGCAGAAGUGAAGAUCAACAUCCGCCUGAUGCCGACAGCCCAAGCGGUUCCCGUCCGCCUCUUCCUCACCGACGAGUCCGGAUACUACCUGGAUAUCAGCCUCUACAAGGAAGUCAGCGACCCCAACACUGGAAGCAUUAUGUUCCACUCCUAUGGAGAGAAGCAGGGGCCCAUGCACGGGAUGCUGAUCAACACGCCCUACGUCACCAAGGACCUGCUCCAGGCCAAGCGCUUCCAGGCCCAGUCGCUUGGCACCACCUACGUCUACGACUUCCUGGAGAUGUUCCGGCAGGCUCUGUUCAAGCAAUGGGGAUCCACUGAGGACGCCAGCCCCACCGACGUGCUGACUUACACGGAACUGGUGCUGGAUGCCCAGGGGAAGAUGGUGCAGCUGAACAGGCUGCCGGGAGGAAACGAGAUCGGAAUGGUGGCCUUCAAAAUGAAGCUGAAGACCCCCGAGUACCCCAAGGGCCGCGACAUUGUGCUCAUCAGCAACGACAUCACCUACAAGAUUGGCUCCUUCGGGCCUGCCGAGGAUCUCCUUUUCCUGCGGGCAUCCGAGCUGGCCCGUGCAGAGGGCAUCCCGCGGGUCUACAUUGCGGCCAACAGUGGUGCCCGCAUCGGGUUUGCCGACGAGAUCAAGAGCAAGUUCCAGAUAGGCUGGAUAGAUCCAGCAGAUCCCUACAAGGGAUUCAAGUACCUGUACUUAACGCCGCAGGAUUACACCAGGAUCAGCUCCACAAAUUCUGUUCACUGCAGGCAUGUUGAAGAGGCCGGUGAGUCCAGGUAUAUCAUCACUGAUAUAAUUGGUAAAGAGGAAGGCUUUGGGGUGGAGAACCUAAGAGCGUCCGGCACCAUCGCUGGGGAGUCCUCUCUCGCCUAUGACCAGAUUGUCACCAUCAGCAUGGUAACCUGUCGAGCCAUCGGGAUUGGGGCUUACCUGGUCAGGCUCGGCCAGCGAGUGAUCCAGGUGGAGAAUUCCCACAUCAUCUUGACUGGGGCUGGCGCUCUGAAUAAGGUCUUGGGCCGGGAAGUCUACACUUCUAACAACCAGCUGGGCGGAGUGCAGAUCAUGCACAACAACGGGGUCUCCCAUGUGGCUGUCCCCGAUGACUUUGAAGGCGUCUACACCAUCCUCCAUUGGCUCUCCUACAUGCCCAAGGACCAUCACAGUCCGUUGCCCGUUAUCCCUCCAAGUGACCCCAUUGAUAGAGAAAUUGACUUUGUCCCUUCUAAAGUCCCCUACGACCCCCGGUGGAUGCUGGCGGGGAGACCCCAUCCGACUGUGAAGGGAUCUUGGCAAAGUGGGUUUUUUGAUCACGGAUCAUUUGCAGAGAUCAUGAAGCCCUGGGCCCAGACUGUGGUGGUCGGCCGAGCCAGGCUAGGAGGCAUCCCAGUGGGCGUGAUAGCCGUGGAGACCCGGACGGUGGAACUCGCCAUACCAGCUGAUCCAGCAAACCCAGAAUCAGAAGCGAAGAUAAUCCAGCAAGCCGGGCAGGUCUGGUUCCCAGACUCAGCUUUUAAAACUGCCCAGGCCAUCAGGGACUUUGACCACGAGCACCUUCCCCUCUUGAUCUUCGCCAACUGGAGGGGCUUCUCUGGUGGCAUGAAAGAUAUGUACGACCAGGUGCUGAAGUUCGGGGCGUCCAUUGUUGACAGCCUCCGGCAGUUCAAGCAGCCAGCCCUCGUCUACAUCCCCCCACAUGCUGAGCUGCGGGGGGGCUCCUGGGUGGUGAUUGACUCCACCAUCAACCCCCUCCACGUGGAGCUCUAUGCAGACAAAGAGAGCAGGGGAGGCAUCUUGGAAGCGGAAGGAACCGUGGAGAUCAAGUUCAGGAAGAAAGAGCUGCUCAAGACCAUGAGGAGGGUCGAUGCCACCUAUGCACGGCUGGCGCAGCAGCUGAGUUCUCCGGACCUGCCCCGAGGGGAUCGCAAAGAACUGGAGCAGCAGCUGAAGAGGCGAGAAGAUAACCUCCUGCCCAUCUUCCACCAGGUGGCCGUGCAUUUUGCUGACCUCCACGACACCCCCGGGAGGAUGCAGGAGAAAGGAGUGAUUUCAGACAUUCUUCAGUGGAAGGAGAGCCGCGCCUUUUUCUACUGGCGGCUGCGGCGGCUGCUGUUGGAGGAGGUGGUCAAGGCCGAGAUCCUGAGUGCCCACAGCGAGCUGAGCAACAGCCACAUCCAGUCCAUGUUGCGACGCUGGUUCCUGGAGACGGAAGGCGCAGUCAAGGGUUACCUCUGGGAUAGCAACCAGGUGGUGGUGGCAUGGCUUGAGAAGCACCUGAGCGAAGAGGACGGGGCCAAGUCGGCCAUCCGGGAGAACAUCAGAUACCUGAAGCGCGAUUAUGCCCUGAAACAUAUCCGGAACUUGGUAGAGGCAAACCCGGAGGUCGCCAUGGACUGUCUCAUUCACAUGACCCAGCACAUCACAGGUGCCCAGAGGGCGGAGGUGGUUCGCCUCCUGACCACGAUGGACAAUCCUUCCCCCUCUUGA